AAUUCCAUGCCCUGCUGAUUCUGCCCCGCUAGUUAGUCUUCCUUUGCAUUUUAAUUUGCACACCUUUCGUUUUGUACGGGUUUGAAUCCUGCCAUGGCUAACUAUUACUUUUCCACCUCCACAGUCCCGGACCGAAGAAGCAAUCGGUUGAUCUACAGCUCACAGUCUUAUACCCAGGGGCCCAGCAGGGUUAAAGCGGCUCGGGCAAGUAGCGUGACCUCGUCAACACCUGGCUUGUACUGCGGGCUGCGACCCGGGACCGGCAGCAUUGGCAGGUCCACCGGUGCUUCCAUCUCGUCCAUCCUGGCGAGUAGCCCUACCUACCUACUGUCCUCGUCUCCACUGCAGCUGGACGUCGACCCCCAGCUGCACCAGGUGCGCUCUCAGGAGAAGGAUCAGAUCAAGGGACUCAACAACAAAUUCGCCAACUUCAUCGAAGAGUAUGAAGAUGAAAUCAACCGACGCAAUGACUUGGAAAAUGACUUUGUUGUCACCAAAAAGGAAGUGGACGAUUGUUACCUUCAGAAAGUAGAACUGGAUUCUAAAGUUGACAGCUUCACUGACGAGAAUGAACUGCUGAAGCUCCUCUUCAGUGAAGAGACCAAAGAGCUGCAGUCCCAGGUCCACAACGCAGAGGUGGUCGUGUCCCUUGACAAUAGCCGUGACCUAGAGAUGUCCCACAUAAUAAACGAUGUCAAGAGUCAGUAUGAAACCAUGGCUGCAAAGGCUCGGGAUGAGUCGGAGCAAUGGUACAGAAUGAAGAUAGAUGAUAUGGCCAAUGAGGCAGCAAAGUACAAUGAUGAACUUAAACGUGCCAGAAAAGAGAUGGCUGAUUUGACCCGAUUCAUUCAAAGGCUCAAUGGAGAAAUUGAUGUCUUAAAGAAUCAGCGAGCCAACCUGGAGAACGCCAUUGGGCAGGCAGAGGAGCAGGGAGAACAGGCCCUGCAGAAUGCCAGGGAUCAGGUGCAGGAAUUGGAGGAAGCCCUGAAGAAGAUGAAACAGGAUAUGGCUCUUCAGCUGCGGAAGUACCAGGAACUGAUGGACCUCAAGAUGGCACUGGACAUCGAGAUUCAAACAUACCGCAAGAUGCUUGAGGGAGAGGAGAUGAGGAUUGGAAACCCGAAGCAUAACAUCCAGAUACGUGCAAUUGAUAAGCUUGAAGGAUUCCUGCCACCUGACUCCAGAGAACUCAAGUUUGUCACAACAUCCUUCGCUCCUGCUCCUGUUACUCCAAAAAAGCCCAUCUUAGUGAAAACCGUGGAAACCCGGGCUGGAAAAAUUAUUUCUGAAUCAACCCACGUUACAGAAUAACACAAGCCAGGGAUGAAGAAAAUGAAUCCAAUACACCUGCCUGUCUCCAGUGCUAAAAACAUUUUUGUCUUUACUUUAACUAAAUAAUGAAGUGUCUCUAAAUGUACUAAAAAUGUUUCUGUCUUUACUUUAACUAAAUAAUGAAGUGUGAGGUGCAGUAAAGCUUAAUUGCCAUGAAUUGCCACCAUGCUGAGUUGUCAUUUAUUAUUUUUUUAUCUUUUUAUAGCACACUUAACACUUACAUAAAAUGGAUGCUGUAUAACAUGAUGUCAUUAUGUACUGCUGACACUAAUUAAAUGGAAAACAAUUAAGGAAUCAAAACUGGAAAUGUUCUGGCUGUUUUCAUUAUUAACAAUGUUUCUGAAUUGUGACGGUGGCUUAAAUGAAAACAGACAUAUUUGUUAUAGUUCAGUUUAUGUUUACAUAUAAACUAUGGAUUGUGCCUGUCUUAGUGAAGUUCCUUUUGAACACUGAUGUGGGAAUCAUUUAACAAAGUCUUGUCAUGUGACAUUUUUCAUCAGUGCCAAUAUUCAGAUCCUGCAAAAAUAAAUAAAUAAAUAUUUUAGCUAUGUCAUGUAUCAAACUUUCAUUUUACUAGACAGCUGGUUAAAAAUCUAAGUACCUGCUGUAUGUGAAAGGCAUACUGGGUGUAUCAUUUUAAGAGAUUACCAACCAUAUGUGCACCACACAUCUAUUGGUCACUGUCACUUUGCCUUCUGGAAUUACUGUUCUUAUCUCUGUCUUCCUAUAUUAUGGGAAAAAUCACAACAUGUAGAAUAAACCGAAUACUGUAUGUGUAGCAUGCAUGAUUCAUAAUGUAUUGUCUGUUUUGUUUCAGAACAUGUUAAAUAUUUAUUUUUUAUUAAUAUUGCAAAAACCAAGCAAAUCUUAAAAAUUGAAGAAAACAAAAGUUAUAUUAAGAAGGACAAAUCUGUCUUGGUUACUUUCUGUGUACCCCACGCGCUUAGGACAUAUUCAUAUGUAUAUUGUCUGGUAUUAUGCAAACAGUUUCAUGGAUGUAUUAAUAUUAUGAAAACAAAGCCGCUUUCAAAAAACUAUACUCUGUCAUGUGAAAGUUCACACCAUAUGAUAUGGAUAGAUCUGUUUCUGAAACUGUUCAGAUUAUAAGAUUAUUUAAUGUUUAUAAAGCUAUUUAGUGAAAGUAAAACAAUUACCAUAUUUUCAUUAACAUUUUGUAAAACAGGAACUUUGCAAAAAAUAGUAUCAGCAUGUCAUGUAAAAUGUCAGACUGUGAGCAACGAAGGUGGUCUGACACUUUAGAUAUAGGAUGUACUCGCUCUAAUAACAUUUUGUUGCAUUCUCAGGGCAAUAGUCAGUAUAGACAGACACAAUCCAGUCCCACUUAUUACAUAAUCUGAUUUACCUUGUCUAAUAGCAGUGCUUUUUCCACUGGUACACAUUUCUUGAGUAUGUGAGUUCCUACACAUAGUAUCUUUCUAGUGCAUAUCAAAAAUCAUUUUUCUAUAUACAAUAGAGCAAAGGGAGGAGAGAGCUGAGACAACAAAAACCUAAAAGAAAAAGACAUUGCUUUACAACUGCCACCAAAAUGCCAUGGUUAAGCAGGAGGAGCCUUGAUAUACAGAUGCUCAUGGCUUCCCCUGACUACAGCAGUAAAGGAUUUCAUGAUAUAACAUAUAUACUUAGCCUGUGGAAUUCCAGGGUUGCCUCUAGAGGGUUUCAUGCUGUGAAACAUCUUUUGAGGGACUCUGCACUCUGCCCAUCACACUAGUUUUCAAGUGCUUCAAGUUAUAAUUCCAGCUACAUCCUCAUCAGUACUCUGGCACUAAUCUGCACCAUCAUUUUACUUUCACAUGCUUUUCUAAGCUAAACUAAUACAAGGUUACUGGGAAUGGUGCUUGUAGUACCUUCCAAAAUUUUGUACUGGACUUUCUGGAAAUGCCACAGUAAGAGAACUUAGGAUGGGGAUUUAGUAUGUAGAAUUUAUAGUGCAUCUUAUUACUUUACCUGAAUGAUCUGAAUGUCAUCAGUGGUGUCGAAGGUACACGGAGGUGUAUCAGAAGGGUUUGUUGAGCCUCCCACAGUGUCAUUCAGUAUUAAUUGGCUUAAAACAAGUAAUUGGUUCAUGCAGCGGAGCAUUACUGGAUAAUUCUAAAUCCUUGAAGGUCACACAAUGCUUUGUUAUUGGUCCCAUUCCUUAUUUCAUUUCACUUUUAUUAUAAAUCUGUUUGUGGUUUUUACAGAUUAGUAUAAAUAAGUAACAGAGAGAAGGCAUAGAAGGAAACUUGAAAAAGGUGAUCUUCACCAUUGACACCUAGCCUUACCUGGGACUUUCUGCCCUGUUUGUAUUGCGGCUUGUUGAUGGGUUGCUGUUUUAUUUUUAUAUGGGUGCCUUCAUUUUCUCUCAGGUAUUUGGGUUCUGUGUAUUUUUGUCUAGGGUACCAAAGACAUUUGUAUAACUCUGCCUAAUUAAAAACAUGGCCAUUUUAUAUGUGUGCAAAUAUGUUGUAUUCUGUAAUUACUUAGUCAAUUAAUAAACUUGAGACUUAAAUUGAA